AUGUACACAAAAGCGAGUUUCAAUUGUUUUCAAGAAGAGUUUCGAAAAUGUUUGGACUUGAUACUGGAAUUAGAGAGUGAUAACGGGAGAAUAGAAACAUAUGUGGUUCAAAGACCAGGGAAUCCAAACUUGAGAAGGUCAGUCAUCUAUUCCCCUUCAAAUCAGUCAGUUAAUUGUAGUUGUAAGAGAUUUCAGUUUGAAGGGAUUCUUUGUGCACAUGCAUUAAAAUUAUUCCUUGAGUUAGGCUUGUCAACAUUACCAUCCAAGUACUACUUAAAAAGAUGGAGACGAGAUGCUAGACAAGGAGUUGAUCUUGAAUGUUAUGGGGAAGCAAAUUUUAGUGAUCGGAGCGCAUCUUCUGCACUCCAAUAUAGUCACUUGGCUCAUAUAGCACAAAGAAUUGUAGCAAAAGGUGCAAAGGAUAAGCAAUUAUCCACUUUGGUGGAGUCUAAAUUGUUGGAGUUGGAGGCAGAAUUGGAUGGCAAUUUAUCCAUUGGACAAGAACAUGAAACAAAUGGUGAUAUAGAUUCAGACGAUCAAGUGAAUGAAAAUAAUGCAAAUCUGGUUUUGCGUGAUCCAAAAGUUAAGAGACGUAGAAGACGUGGCAAAGAUUCUCAGGAACCCAACUCAUAUGAACAUGAGAAGACUGACCCUUCAAAUUCAUAUGAACAUGUUCAGGGAUCAAUUGGAUUGGUUAAUCAAAAUCAAUCAAAUAUGCCCUUCAUACGUCCUGGAUUUCCAACAACUUUUGGUGCUUAA